GAUUCCAUUUUUAUUAGCUAUCUCUAUUUGUUAUUUUGUUUGUUAGCAUUUUUGGACUCCAGAAAAACCAACAAGUGUAAUUUAUUUUACUAACAUUUAUUGUUGUUUAUCAUUUUGCUUAAAGUGGCUAAAUGCUUUAACCAUGGUUCCUCAUAUAUAUACGUCGAUUACUUAUCUCAUAGAUUACAACGACAUAAGAGUGCUUCGAAAUCAUCUUGUGAUACACAAAAUAUUCUUCAGUUGAAAACAAAGUGUGUUUAUAAGCUUGUGAUCAGCACUCCUUAGCUAUAAUUUUAUUAAGUGUUUGUUCAUCAAAACAUUGAGAAUUAUAUAUGGACCAAAACAUGAAUGAUUUUUCGGAAUCAGAUACUCCAUUCAGCUUCGAACAGUUAUUAUAUGGAGAUGAUUGGCAGAGGUGGGACACUUAUCCGAGCGUUGAUGUUAAUGCCAACUCAAUAGAGCCUAAUCAUUCGAUGGUCGAGAUGAACCAUGAUGGUAUGACAAUAGAUGCUACUCCAAUUUCAAUGAUAUAUCCAAUGGAAGAAACAUUCGAGCAGUGGUUACAGACACUGGCCAAUGGAUCAUUUGAAAUACCAUCAUAUGAAGAACUCAACUUCACGUAUGAGGAAUUAUUGCUCAUGAGUGAGCAGAUAGGAGAUGUCUGCAUUGGUGUAGACGUUGAUAUCAUUGAGGGGAAUCUGAAACGAAGAAAGUAUGAAGAUCGUUCUGGUCAAGCGGAGAAGUGUGUGAUAUGUCUCGAUGAACUUAAGUGCAAUGAUGAGGCUUCUACACUGGCAUGUGGGCAUGAUUUUCACUACGAGUGUAUCAAAAACUGGCUAAUGGUCAAGAACAAGUGUCCUCUUUGCAAGCAACAAGCUCUUUAAUUGUUUCAUGAUGCUGAAUAUUUGAAUGUGUUAGUAUUGCUAACAUUGGUUUCUUUUGUUC